AUGUCCAGCUCUGCCCUGACUCUCGGGUCCACCCUGGAAAAGUCAGGAAACACCCGGGGAAAGAAGGCAAUGGCCUCCUCCCGCCUUGUUGUUCCGUGGCCACCAGAGACCCUGGAUUGGUGGGGGGCAGCCCCUGCCCUCCCAGGGCUCACAUUCCGCGGGGCUGUACACCAAGGCAAGGCCUGUCGGAGAUAGUUAAAAGCACCCAAUUCUCUUGACAUCACUGACUCACUGAUAUAUGAGGAUGCCAGUGCAGAGCCCAGUAGCACAAGGCAUAGCCAUUCAGAUCAACUGGCAUUUACUGAGGGCUGCUACAUCAGUUCCUUUUCCACCGAAUACUCCAUGCAUGUGUACACACACACACACACACACACACACAGCUAUAACCGAUGA